AUGUCUUCCCCAGGGAGUCUUGGCCACAGCACAAACUCUCUCGGAGGCUCACCUCUGUCUGCAGGCACAGUCAGGAUCAGGUUGCUGUUGAUGUACAUCCAGACUUUCUCGGGACCUUCACCUAUGGCUCCGUGGAAAUGCUAUGACGUCAUCGAGCGCCGUGACAUCACCGGAAGUGGACGAGUACAGGACAUACGCCCAGUUAAAGCCCCUUAUAGCAGUGGGGGGAGGAACCUACGGCCGCACUCCACGCCCGCGACCCUCAUGUGGCUCGAGGAGAACUACGAGAUGGCGGAGGGCGUGUGCAUCCCGAGGAACACACUGUAUCUCCACUACGUCGACUUCUGCAACAAGAAGAUGUUGCAGCCUGUCAACGCCGCCAGCUUUGGGAAGAUCAUUCGGCAGCAGUUUCCCGGCCUGACGACUCGACGCUUGGGCACCCGAGGGCAGAGUCGAUACCACUACUACGGCAUCGCCAUCAGGGAGGGCUCGAUCUACUAUGAGGUCAACUACAGCAAGAAAGGCAAUUCCAGCCAUUCAGUUAUGUCGAGACUUGUCGCGGUCUUUUGCGGGAGUGUUGGUAGUGCUGGAGGCGAUUGGCAGCACUGCAAGAGGACGCGCGAAGAUGGCGUUUCCCGGGCGAGUGCAGGCGAGGGUGCGCGCCUACGAAUCAAGGAUCAGGGCACAGAUAACCAGUAUGUGGAAAAAUCAAAAUGGACGCUCCCGGGUCCUUCAGGGGUCCUUGAGGAGGUCCUUCAAGAUCUUUCGGAGAGGAAAAUUGGUUCGAGGCUCGGCCGAAACGGUGACAUCAAGAAAGAAUCCGUGAAGCAGUUCGGACGCUUGCCCCAAAUUCUCGACACGGUGAUUCGAGCAAGUUUCGACGAGGUGAGUGGUUUCCUGGUGCAUUUCUGGCAGGGAAUUCCACCCCAUCUGGUGAGCAUCUUGGGAACUAAUGUCUUGGUGAAUCUGGUGGGAGUCUGUGACUCGAUCCUCUAUCGGGCCGUCUGCAGUGUGCUCAUGCCUUCCGUGUUGCAGGCCAUUCCAGACAGCUUGACGCAAGUGAUCAGAAAAUUCACACAUGACCUGGACUCGUGGCUGCGCGUGGCACUCGAUGACCUACCUGAGAACCUCCGCCAGGUCAAGAUUGAUCUGGCCCGCCGCUUCGCCCGCAUGCUCCGCCGCCAGACUUCGCUCAACCACCUGUGCCAGGCGUCGCGGAUGGUCCUCCACUCCCCUGACAUCACGCAGCAGAUGAUCCACGACUGGCGGCAGGUCGACCUCGAGGCUAUCAGCCACCAGACCUUCUACGCCAUGGACAAGCACACCACCAACGGCGUCACGGUCGAGCUCAUCAUGAACUUAUACAGCGACUUCGAGAGGCUGCUGGAGGAGGGGGCGCCCUUGGAGGCAUACAGCGAGUGGCUGGAGGCGAUGGUGGAGCGGUGUGUGCUCCUGGGCGCCCGCAGGAACAAGGCGCCCAUCCACAAGGUCGCCCAUUCCUUCCUCUUGAUGUGGUCCUGCUUCGGGACCCGAGUCAUUAGAGACAUGACGCUGCACUCCGCCCCGAGUUUCGGUUCCUUCCACUUGCUCCACCUGAUGUUUGAUGACUACGUGCUGUACCUGGUGGAGUCUCUGCACGCCGAGGAGAAGGCGAGGGAACUUCUCAAUAACAUCGCAACGGAUUCGCCACCUGACUGCUCCGACCCGGGAUUUGGUGAGCCGGAUAACGAGGACAGCCUCCACGCCCUCUCCUUCCUGAUGGGGGGGUCGACGGGGAUGGGCAUGGCAGGUCUCGCGUCUCCCUCCACGCCCGGGGUCUCGCCCAACUCGCAGCCCUCGCACGAUCUCCACAUCUCGCCCACGCCCACGAACGUGCUCGGUAAGCGAGGCUAA